GGCGGUGCUGCGGGGCGGGGCCGCGCUCCGGGCUCCGCGCCCUUCGUUACCGCUCGGCCGUGGCGCAGCGCCGCGCCGGGCCGCCGUGCCUCAGCCCGGGGGCGGCUGCCGGUUCGUCUGAAGCCGGAUGAGAGAAGAGCAUGGAUAUGGGGAACCAACACCCUUCCAUUAAACGGUUGCACGAAAUACAGAAAGAAGUCAAAGAGAUCGAACAGCAAGUGGCCGUCUUCAGCGGGUUGUCCACGGACCGGGACUACAAGAAGCUGGAGAGGUCCCUCACCAAGCAGCUGUUCGAGAUAGAUUCCGUGGACACCGAGGGCAAAGGGGACAUCCAGCAGGCCCGAAAGCGAGCUGCCCAGGAGACGGAGCGGCUGCUGAAGGAGCUGGAGCAGAACGCAAACCACCCGCGCCGGCUGGAGAUCGAGGCCAUCUUCAAGGAGGCACAGGCGCUGGUGGAGCGCGAGAUCACGCCUUUCUACCAAGGAGGCAACUGUGUCAACGAGGAGUUUGAAGAAGGCAUCCAGGAUAUCGUGCUGAGGCUCACCCAGGUGAAAACCGGAGGGAAGGUUUCUUUGCGCAAAGCGAGGUAUCGCACCCUGACCAAAGUGUGUGCCGUGCAGGAGAUCAUAGAGAGCUGCGCCAAGAGACAGCUCUCCCUGCCGCUCUCUAAUGAUGCGCAUCCUUCUGUCUCCAAGAUUAACUCUGUGAUGUGUGAGGUGAACAAAGCGAGAGGAACUCUUAUUGCGCUUCUGAUGGGAGUGAGCAGUAAUGAUACCUGCAGGCAUUUAGGCUGCGUGCUCACAGGCCUCGUCGCUGAUUUGGAUGCUUUGGAUGUCUGCGGUCGUACGGAAAUAAGGAAUUACAGGAAGGAGGUCGUGGAAGAGAUCAAUAAAUUGCAGAAAUACCUGGACUUAGAUGAAGAAGCGGAUUCUACUCACGCUUAUGAUUUGGCACAAAAUCAGUCCAUUCUAAAAAUAGAAGAAAUCCGCAAGAAAAUGAAGGAAGUUAAUUCUUUACUUUUGAAAGCAGAGAAUGCUUCUGAUUUGUAUCUGGGAUCCAAAGCAGAACUGCAGGGAUUAAUUGCUCAGUUAGAUGAAGUGAGUCCGGGAAAAAAUCCUUGUAUUAGAGAAGCCAGGAGAAGAGCUGUGAUAGAAGUACAAACUCUCAUAACAUACAUCGAUUUAAAGGAAGCACUUGGGAAAAGGCAGAUGUACGCAGAGCAGACUGCUGCAGAACAUCAGUCUCAUAAAGCAGUUUGGACUGUUCUUGGAAACUUGUCUCAAAUUCAGCAGGAGGUGAUUUCUUUUGAUGGAAAUAGAACAGAUAAAAAUUACAUGCGAUUGGAAGAACUCCUUACAAAACAACUUCUUGCACUUGAUGCUGUUGACCCACAAGGUGAUGAGCGAUGUAAGGCUGCCAGAAAGCAAGCAGUAAAGCUUGCACAGAAUAUCCUUUACUACCUGGACAUGAAAACAGAUGAAUGGGAGUACUGAAGGAGCCAUGGCCUGACAUAAAAUAACAUUUUUUUCCUGCGUCACGUCAUGUAGGAUUAUUGUUACAUUGGCAGCACAUAAGGUGUUCUAUGCUUGCUUAAAUCAUGGGGGUUGCAUAAAAAGUUACCUUGGCUAUAUGCGUGCUAUCCCACGCAGUCACCCACUUGCCAUGGCAACUGUCAGUACACCAUCAGCAAUUCUGGUCAAUGCUAUAAGCAAUGAAAUGUGAUUCUCUGAAGGAGCAGCUUAAGAGUUGAUUGAAUUGCUUCUUUUUUUUAAUCUGUUUUUUUUUUGGUUGGUUGGUUGGUUGAUUGUUUGUUGUUUGUUUUGUUUUUU